AUGCCUCGCCACGGAGACUGUCUCAGACUGUGUACUUGCAAAGCGAGAACAGUGUCCACAGACGCUGACCUGCAUGCCCUUCUCGGAGCUGCAAAGCGUCUCAAAUUUCACCUGAUUGCUCUGCAAGAGACCAAGUGCAUAAGGAGCGAUGUACGACAAAUGAAUAACGGUACACCCGGCAUUCGUGGAGAGAAGGUUCCGUCGCGAAAUGUAGGCGGUGUUGGUUUUGUUGUGCACCCAUCUGUCGUCCAUCUUGCCGAUUCUCACGAGAUCCUAUCACCUCGUCUGGCCAUUCUUCGCCUCCGCCCUCUGCGCCAAAAACUAAUCAGUAUUAUCAACUGCUACUCACCAGCAUCAGCAGCUGAUGAACCCGAAUUGGACGCGUUUUACGAGGAGCUGGAGGUAGUGAUCCACAACGAGAAGUCCUUCUACAAAUUCGUUGUCGGAGACUUCAACGCAAAACUAGGAAAGGCCAUAGAAGGGAAAUACAGGAUUGGAAGAUUUGGACUAGGGAACCGGAAUGAAAAUGGCAAUCGUCUCGCCGGGCUGUUGUCCGCCGCUCGCCUUUUUCAUGCGAACUCUCUUUUCACGAAAAAAGAUCAUCGUCGGUGGACAUGGGAAUGGCCCAAUGGCGCGACUCGUGCGGAGAUCGGCCACAUACUCACCAACCGGAGGUGGAGUCUACUCGUCUCAGUAGUACCAUCCUUUUGUAGUGGUUCUGAUCACCGUCUCCUUCGUGCGAAAAUACGACUUAGCCACACGAUGGAAAAGAACAUCUGCUAUCGGCAACGAAGGAGAAAAGAAGUCGUCUACGACGAUUGCGUACUCGAGGACUCCUUGUUCCAAAGUGACUGGCACAUCGAGGAGGACCCAAACGUGGACUACGAGAUGCUGCUCAGAGGAUUACGAGCCUGUGCUGAGCGUGCCUCGAAGCCGCGCACGACAACUUGGAUCGAAUUUCGAAGACCACCAAGGAAUUGUUGGAAAGAAGGGCUUCGAGGCUUGAUCCAAAUGCAUCGCACAUUGAGCAGUUAUUAG